CGAAGCCCCGCCCACUGUAGUCGAGCAAGGCAUGAGUAGAGAAUAAAGGAUUGGCCAUCACAGGUCGCUAUCAACAUAGUGUGUUUUGGAGGUCAUAAUGGGGAAAUAAGUGGUCGGAUGUCGUCAUGGGAAGCAAAGUGAGUGGCAAGAUGGCCGCCGCCGGCAGGGUCGUGCAGGUUGUGCGACCUCAUGCACCUUUAAUAAAAUUUCCUGAUAGAGUGGGCAUCCCUAGGCCGAACGUUCAAGAGGCGCUGAAAGUCCUUGCAGCUACUAUCCCACAGAUCUCUCCAUCUGCACCUCCGCCAGCAGCAUCAAUAUCGCCUCCACCCAGACCCGUCACCCGACUGCCUGGAACUCCUGAUAACAUUGCUGUAGUUAAAGAUCUUCCCCAGAGAUAUCGCAGGGCAACCCUUGACUUCGAAGAAAUGGAUUAUAUUCAGCGUGGUGGACCAGAGUGACAGUGGUCUAAUUUAUUCUCUCGGCAUACUUUUUUUUUUCUCAAAAUAAAAAAACAAAAGAAACUCUCGAUUCUUUUCUCAAAAUAAAAGGAAUUCUAUGUCAAAAUACCACUAUGUCAUGAUUAUAGUAUUGUAUAAAGAGAUUAUUAUUUAAUAUAAUUGCACAGCUUGAUUGGUUGUUUAUCUACUUAGGUGCUGUAUAUUUACAUUUAUAUUUUACAUAUUAAAUAACCACAGCUGUCCACCCUUA